AUGAAAGACAAUUCCCGGCUCCCCAUCGCCCUGCGGCGGACACCCAGGCGGCAGUCCGGACUCACCAACGAUGCACGGCCUUCACCACCUUCACCGUCUUUUCCAGGCCGGCGUCAGUCGCCAGCGUCAAAGGUCCAGAGCCAAACGACGACAACAAGACACAAGAGGAAGAGGGACGCACAGCCCAUCGUCGUCGUUCGUCUCGACGAUGAGGCGAACACGACUCCUCAAAGCAGGGCCAUCGCCCCAGCCAAGAGAAGGAAAUACUCGUCAAAGAGUUGUUCAGGGAUAACCCAGCACACCGACAACGAGAUUCACAUAUUUCCCCUCCGAGCGAUCCUGGAUGACAGGGUCAAAAGGCGCAUCCGCCGUAAUGGGCUCAGCGAAGAAAUGAACACCAUCUUCCAAGAACGAACGCAGCGAAGGAGAAGGACGGUCGAGGAGCUACAGCGCCUCCGUGACGAGCUGGCCGCAAAGGAGAACGAGAACGAGAGCCUCCGCGAGCGCUCUUCUCUGCUCUUAGAAGAGGACACCAGCCGGAUUGAAGGGCUGGAGAGGGAAAUCUCGGGCCUCAGGGAGGCGCUUCGGGGCACUUCACAGCAUCGAUCUCGACAUGGCUUUGCCGGCUGGGACAUGAGGGCUGCAGAUGCAUUCUCAGACGACGAUGAGAACAGCUUCUUGGACUCUGGCGACCACCUGGGCGAAGACACCACCCUUGAAGGGUCCGAGUGUUUCAGCAGUAGCCCACCAGCUUUCAAAGCAAAAGCCUUCGUCGCUGCUGGACCGACCCUCACUCCUCCUAGCACAAGCCCAACAAAGACAUUCAGCCCCGCUUUCGAUCAAAGCCACACACUAUUGAGCUCGGUCUGCGAAGCAGGCACGCAAGCCUGCUUUGAAGAUCCCGAGAAGGAGGAACUCCUGGCUGAAACAGAGAGCCUUCGCACCGACCUGGCCAACAUUAGAGAGACUCUCGAGGCUCAGCAGCAGCUCGAGUCUGACCUCAGGUCUAAGCUGUCUCGGGCUGAGGCUUCUGAGCUCGAGGGUGGCUGCGACCCCGACCUGCAACUUCAGAUGGACAUCAUGCUUCAGAACCUCACUGACAAGAGCGCCGAGCUUGUCGACCUGAAGACAUCGCUUGCAUCCAUCACAGGGCCUGACUCCGAUGCGAGAGAAGCGGUGCGCAAGCUAACAGAAGCGAUGCACUCGGCUCAGCUGGAGGUAGAGCAGCUCUUCCCUGGCGAUGAUCCGGCUGUCCUUUCCGUCCAAGGCACACAGGUGUUUGACCUUGUUCUUGGACGCCUGCGUGAUGCAGCUGGGAAACUAAAGGAAUACCAGACCGAGCUCGAAUGCUGCCAUGAAGUCGAGCAUGAUCUGCGCCAACAACUGAACGACAGCACGCAGGCCAUGAGCGACAUGACUUCACAGCUGGACUCCAAGAAUGAGCACAUCUCAGGACUCGUCGCUGAUGUCGAUCGGCUCAAUCAUGCCGUAGAGGACUACCGUACCCAGCUCACAGACCUCGAGUCACUCGUUCAGCAGAUGGACACUGAGACUAAGGGAGCGCAAGCCAGAUUUGAGUUCGAGAUUGAGACUGGGAAACAGACUAUCGCCCGAAGGGAUGGCCAGCUUGCCAGGCUGGAGGCCAGACUAUCGUCUGCGCUCCACAACACGUCCGAGCUCAAAGACCAGCUCGCGGUCAGCUACGAGGCAAGGGAGGCCGAGAUCGCCGCCGUGCAGGCUGCCCACGAGGACGAGCUUGCGCUGCGCGACGUCAAGGCGGCCAAACUACACAAGGAGAUCACCCUCCUCAGGGAGGCUCUGUCCAGGGCCCACGGGACCAUCUCCCAACUUCGCGCAGAGAAAGGCCACCUGCAGGCAGAGGUUGACCAUGGGAAGGAGUCGGCAAGGGAGGCGGUCGCGUGUCUGCGGGCUCAACUGCUUGGGGCGCUCCGGAUGAGCGAGGCGUUUCUCUGCCCACCUGCCCCUACACACCGCCCUGAGAAGGAAGGUGGUACUGCUGCUGGGGUGAUGGUGGCUGGGAUCGAGAAGGAGGAAGAUGAAGGACAGGCGUGCAUGGUCUCGACUCCCAAGUCAAUGACUUGAGGGGAGGAGAGGAGAGGACUGAAACCCAAGCUAAUGUAUAUUGAGAAGUGUUCAUGUGACGACCGACAUGCCUGCCCUGAAAGCCACAUUGUUUCUC